GGUCGACCACUCAAGGACUCGAAGAAGCUCCGAGAAAAGGCAAAGUGCAUCUUUGCUGGACGGUGUUGGCAACGAGGAGAAACCAACGGAAGAGAAGACCACCGCCAAACGGGCAACCAGCCGCAAGCCCUCCUGCUUUUUGGAACACUCCGAACCCGCCCGGACCCCCUCGAGGCAGGCGAGCGGCCGGCCACCACCCCUGCGUCUUGCACGACCUGCUCCCCCAUGAACUUGCCCAAACCCGAAAGCCUUCGCUCCACACCGCGGCGCAGCCUCCGGGGCUCCGACGGGGAGGACGGCGAGAUCGACAUCCUGGGAGAGGAGGAGGAUGAGGGCGAGGGGGAGGAGGACGAGGAAGGCGAGGCGGCGGAGAGCCAGCCGUUGCCUGGGCAGCUGCCCCCGCCGGGGACGCGGGAGGCGCGGCACGGCGCGGGCGCGCUUGGCGGAGGGCUCCCCGAGGGCGGCGGCGCCCCGGCCGACGCCAAGUUGGGCCCCAAGUUCGGGGCGUCGAGCGGGUCCGCGGCGGCCUCCGCGGACGGCCCGCAGCCGGCGAAGCCCCCGUACUCCUACAUCGCGCUCAUCACCAUGGCCAUCCUGCAGAGCCCGCACAAGCGCCUCACGCUCAGCGGCAUCUGCGCCUUCAUCAGCGGCCGCUUCCCCUACUACCGCCGCAGGUUCCCCGCCUGGCAGAACAGCAUCCGCCACAACCUCUCGCUCAACGACUGCUUCGUCAAGAUCCCGCGCGAGCCGGGCCACCCGGGCAAGGGCAACUACUGGAGCCUGGACCCCGCGUCCCGGGACAUGUUCGACAACGGCAGCUUCCUCCGGCGCAGGAAGCGCUUCAAGCGCCACCGCCCGCCCCCGGGAGCCCACCUGCACCACCCCUUCCCCCUGCCCGCCGCGCCCGCCGCCCUGCACGGCCCCUACCCGGGCCUGCUGCUCGGGAGCCCGGCCCCGCCGCCCCCAGUGCCGGGGGCCUACCCCGCCGCCGCCUCCGGGAGCCGCCCGUGCGCGCUGCUGCACCCUCACCCCCUUCGCUACCUGCUGCUGUCGGCCCCGGCCUACGCCGAGACGCCCGGGAAGGCGCCAGGCGCGGACCCGGCCGCCCCCGGCGCCCCCUCGGCCGUGCGGCCCUCCCCGGGCUCCCAGCCUUGGGAGGAGGGCAAGGGGUCGGCGGCGCGGCCGGGAGACGAAUGCGCCCCCUUCAGCAUCGAGAGCAUCAUGCGAGGGGUCCGAGGAGGAGGGGGGACGAGGGCCGCGCAGAGUCUGCCCCCGACCCCGUGGGGUUACUGCCACCUGCUGCAGCGCUCGUCGUGCCUGGUGCAUCACCGGGCGGCCACCCCUUUGCUGCACGUGUCGGCUGCCGCUGCGGCGUCCGCUGCCCGGACCGUGUUAGAGCAGCGGCAGCAGCAGGAGGACUGUACCAGCGGCCGCGCUCCCAGCGAGGGCGCUCUGCUGGGCCAGCACCUGUCCGCGGCGCGCCUGGGGUGUCCGCCCGGAGCGGGAGGCUCCAGGCCGACAGCGGUGGCCAGCCUUUCCGGCAGAGAGAGCGUCUUGCCGGCCUUCUGA